CCCUCGACCGGGAAGCUGUAAGACUCCGGUUUUUCUUCUUUCGCGUCGGACGUGUAAAUGACGAGAGAGGUCCCUACGCCGAAACGCGCUGAUGAAAUAAAGAAGUUUCUUCUUUGAGGCAAUGAGGAAAACUUUCUCCUGGAGGAUUGUCAAAUUACUCGCCGUGUCAGCGCUGCUCGUCCUGUCUGCUCAGAUCUUUGUGAGUACACCGAGUAAACACCUACCAAAGCCCAGCCCACUUCCUGAGGACGAGUACAGGGUCAUAUCCCCUGAAACAUACCAGUAUAUUCUCAACCAGCCCGCUGUAUGCCGGGACAGAAGCCCCUUCCUGGUCUUUAUGGUCCCAGUUGCCCCCCAGGAGGCUGCAGCAAGGGAGACUAUCAGGAAAACAUGGGGUGCACCAAGUCAGGACACCCUCACUCUCUUCUAUAUGGGGCUCCCUGAGGGGGGGCACCUGUCCGGCAUCCAGGACAAGCUGGAGGACGAGAGUAGGAACCAUGGGGACAUCAUCCAGAUGAGCUUCCAGGACAGUUACCAGAAUCUGACCAUCAAGACCGUGAUGAUGAUGAACUGGCUGGAGACCCACUGCCCAAAAGCUUCCUACGUCAUGAAGGUGGACGCUGACAUCUUUGUGAAUGUGUUCUACCUCCUCAGUUGGCUGAGGAGCUCCCCACGACAGAGCUUCAUCACAGGGUCAGUGAUCAACGACGGCCGGCCGAGGAGGGACAGCAACAGUAAGUGGCACGUGUCCCAGGAGCAGUACCCUGAAGACAGCUUCCCUCCAUAUGUGUCCGGGGCUGGGUAUGUCUUCUCUGCAGACAUGGCCGGCAGGAUCUCCCGGGCGUCCAGGUUUGUCCGGAUGAUCCCUCUGGAGGACGUGUAUGUGGGGUUAUGUCUGCGCGUGCUGGGCGUCCGGCCCGUGUACUCCAUCAGCCUGCUGAGCCUCAGGAAUCUCUUUGAAAUAAGAAACUUGGAGUACAACAGGUGCACCUUCGCCAAACUCAUCAUAGUCAAUGGGUUCAAGCCAUCACAACUGCAGCGUGCUUGGCAGGAUUUCUCCGAAGGCCACACCAGCUGCUGACAGUAAAGUUUACCAAGUGCUUCAGUGUUCAGACUGUAUGAAGGAACAUUAAACAAAAUGGAGUAAGUAGCCUGCUGUAAAGGAAGAAAGCCAUUACACACACAGCCAUGCGGUCAGGGUGUCCAGAUGAAAGGGUAUAGCAAUGUUAGCGAACAUUAUACAAAUAUUUAAAUGAAACAAUCAGAGAAUAUACUCUGCUAUACAUACUCUAUUAAUUAAAAUCGACAUGUGCAGCCUGUUUAAAGCGGCCGCCCGGCUUUUGUUUUUAAAGGCCACAAGCCAAAGAUGUCUGGAGCCAAUGGUUUAAAUCAAUGCUCAAGCUAAAACAGAGAAACUGUGCCUCUCUGAUUCAUUGAUUUGCUGCUUGUUGCUGCUUUUUUAUAAAGUCAUGAAUUCAAUAUCUUUGUGUUUUGGACUGUUGGUUGGAUUAAAAAAAAAAAGCAAUUUGAAGUUGUUACCCUGGAAACGGAGAUGGGCAUUUUAUACACUAAACAAUUCAUUAAACACAUUAAUCAAUAAUGCAAACUAGGGCUGCAACUGGUUAUAACUCAUCCAUAAUUUGCAUUAUGGAUGAUUGAGCCAAUUACUUUGUUUCUUAACUGAUUGACUUCAGAAAAAUGCCCAUCCCAGAAACUCAAAGUGGAGUCUCCAAGUCUUGUUUUGUCUCACCAACAGUCCAAAGCCCAAAAUAUUCAGUUUACUGUCUGAUAGGAAAAGCAACAAAUUGCUGGAAGAAUUACUUAAAAGUUUAAGUGAUUAUCAAAAAAGUUUCUGUUGUUCAACUAAUCAACCAAUUGAAUGUAGGUCUGAAAUAAUUAGUUGAGUCAUCACUUAGUUGAUUAACAAAAAAACUUAAUGAGGAACAAAUUUGAUGAGUGAUAAAAAUGUGUUUUAUAUCAUCAUAAACUGCUUAUCUGGCGUUUUAUAGACUAAACAGUAACUCAAAAAAAACAAUUGACAUAGUAAUCAAAAAUGAAAAUUGUUUAUCAAUGAAUUGAUUAGUCAUUUGGCAGAAAAUAGUGAAAGUUACAAGAGACCACAGGGAGGUCUUGAUAAUAUUCAGGUUACAAUCACAUCAGUACCGUCAAAGACCAGAUAGCCUUUAACUCUCUGCAGCUGAAUGUAUUGAGAACUGAAUACUGCUCUCUAAUGCCUGUUGUAUUCCAGAGUGUUGUAUAUUUGGUUCACCUGUGAAGCACCUUGUAGUUCUGCUGUUGAAAGCUGCUGUAGAAAAAUGAAUGUUUACGCAUUUACAUAGAAUAAAAAUGUAAAAUGCAGCAAAUGUCCUCCACUGAGGAGCUGGAACCUUUAGGUGAUGCAGACUGAAGCCAAGUACAAUAAUCAAAAUAGUUGCAGAUCAUAUUUUUUUGGCUGUAACUGAUAAUGAAAAUAGCUGCUGGCUGCAUUAAAUGGGUUUCAGCCUGACUGCAGAGGAGGCAACAACUCUUUUAGCCUUAUUCACUGUAUUCAGUCAUUCAUCUUCUUUAUCCAAAAUGUUGGAACAGACUGUAGAGUAGUGCUGUCCUAGUAGAGGUGUGAACAUGACUUAAUGCAUCCUCAGAAAUUGUAAUUUACACCAAAGACUAUUUAAACGUAGACCCAUUUUACUGCCCUUGUACUUCAUCUUCGUUUGUGCCUGACAGGUUGGGGGUCCACCUGUACUUUACUAUGUUAAAAGUUAAAGAUGAAAAGAUGAACUUAAUAUAUUGCACUGCUGCUGAGACCUUCACAUAGUCUAAAUAUAAAAUAUAACCUUCUAAAAUAACCUGCAGCUUAGCUUUGUUAGGUUACUGUGCCUCUAUAUUUACAGUGUGUGUCUUACAGUAAGACAGAGUGCCUAUUCACACACGGUAUGUGUUGUAGUUAUAUAUGAGAACCAGCUGAUGGCAGUAUGUGUCAGCAGCUGACAUGUAAGUUACACUUAACCUUUUGACAGUGAUAAUUAUAAUUACAGGUAAGAAAAAAAUUGUUCUCAGACAAGCAUUUAUUAAUUAUUUAUAUUGACACCGCUGACUAUGAUACACUGUGCACCAAAAUGCCUCAUAGUGUCAUACCUCAUCUCGAGAUAUUGAAGCUCUAUAUUUUUACUGCAUAUUAAUGGGGAAAUAUGCAGCAACCGACUAUGUAUAAAUGUUUAUCAGUGAAUUUUUUCAUGAUAUUCUGUCACCUUAAUUUACUGUAUUUUUUCAUUUUUUAUUUGAAUGAAUUAGGACAUUUUGCCAUCACUGUUUCAUUAUUGCUGUUAUUGUUUUGAAGUUAUCACUAGUACUUAUUUAAUAUAUGCUGGAAUAAAUGCUGUUUCCAUUCAGACUAAAUAAAAAUAUUGGACAAA